AUGUAUUUAAUUGAAUCGUCAACUAAAUUUUGUCAUGAUAUUCCAAAUCCAUUUGAACGACGUCAAUUUGCUUUUCGAGUUCUACCCGAAGAAAAAGAUCCAAUGAGUGAAGCAAAAAAUUAUUCAUUUAUCAUGCCUACAUUAAAAAUUCGUCUUCAACAGUUAAUAACUACACGUUUAUGGGAAUAUAUUAUGUUUAUUUUAUCUAUUUGGUCAUUUAUUUCUUUAUUAAUUGGUCAUAAAAUACCAAAAAUGGUAAUAUUUUUCGAACUUACACAUGAAAUUACUCAAGCGGCAGUAUUUAUAGAAGUAUUUUGUAAAUUAUAUAUUGAUUGUCGUUGGUUUUUUUAUGAUAUUUGGAAUGUUUAUGAUCUUAUUUGUGUAAUUGUUAAUUCUCCAUUUAUCUACAGUCUUUUCGUAUCUGAUUAUCUUGGUGUACCACAAAUUAAUAGCAUCCAACGACUUUUUCGUACAUUACAUGCUAUUCGUUUAAUACGUAUUCAUAGUAUUUUAAGAUUUGUUCUUGAAACAAUUCUUAUUGCUCUAUCUAGUAUCUAUAAUACAUUACUAUUAGAAUUUGUUAUCGUGACAGUUUUUGCAUUACUUUCAAUAGCUUUUCAAGGUGAUACACCGUUUUGGGAAUCAGGUGCAUAUGAACCAUAUGAAAAUUAUACUGAAGCUCUUUAUUCAUAUUAUAUGUGCAUUACAUUGGAAGGUGUUAAUGAAGUAGCUGAACAAAUUUUACAAUUAGAUUCACCACAAUUUACUACUGUUAUUGGAUUAACUUUUUAUAUAUUUGCUGCCUUAGUUACAUAUAGUGUAGGACAACUUUUAGCAGCUGUUAUUGCUACGACUCUUGGUAAAGCAAUUGAUCAAAUAACACGAGAUAAAACUUCAACAAAUAGUAAACAUCAUAAUAUAAAACUUCUUGGUUUACAACGUCCAUCAAUAAAUGAAAAGAAAAUAUCAAAAUCUCGUUGUAUCAAUAUUGAUGAAAUUCAAAAUUUUUCUAAAUUAAAACCUGAUGAUCUUGCUUUAUUAAUAAUACUUUUUCAAACUCUUGAUAAAAAUAUAAUUGAAUAUGAUAAUAUCUUACGUGAUAUUCGUCAUAUUGGUGAAGAUAUCUCAAAAUCUAAUAAGAAAAAAAAUUCAUUUUCAGCACAUUAA